CGUAUUGAUAAUCUCGAUAAAUCUGUUAACAUAGUGAUGCAACAUAUUGAAGUAUUGCAAAAUCGAAUGAUCAAUAGUAUGGUGAAGACUGAUUUAAUUAUAUCUCAGAUGCACAAUAUGGAGUCUACCAUUGCUAAUGGUUUACCCGAAUUGAAAUUAUCACAUAUGAGUGUUAGCCAAAAUAACAGAUCUACACAAAAUACUUCAAACAUACUUGAAGAACAACUGAGAAAGUUGGAUCGUAAAGUAUCUGUUAUUGAUACUAAGCUAGAGGGUCUUAAGCUCCAAAUAGAUAAUAACUUUUUACAAGUUGAAGAAGUAUAUGGUGAGGCUAGUGAAAAAAAGCCAAUCAGUAUAAGCGCAAAUGAAAUUUCAAAAGCUUUAAACACUGAAGCUAUGACACAUAUGUCAUCCGAAUUAGGAGAACUUAAACAUACAACAGAGAGUGUAGAUAAAAAGUUACAGUUUCACAUUAACAUUGUGUCAGAAAGUAUUGGAAGAAUAAUGCGGAUGAUACACGAUAUUCAUUUUGCUGUAGUUGAUAAUCACGAACAAUUUAGCACACUUAACGUAACAACAACGUCGCAACCUCCUGUUAAAUCUAGCAAGCUAGAUGCUAUUGUCAAACAAAUAAGACCAAUGGUUUUAGUGUCUGAAAAAAUGGAUGAAGUUUGGGAUGUCGUGGUCGGCACAAAAUCGACUGUGGAGCAUCUUCUUCCCAAGUCCGACGCGCUACUUACUCAAACACAACGUCAAGAACGGGCAAUAGACGAAAUUCACCAAGAUCUUAAAACAAAAACCAAUCUGAUCAUUAACAAUUUAGAUUUGGUUGAAACGUUUAAAAAAAAGGAAAAUGAGCAUAUAAAAGCUGAGUUAUUUGAGCCUCACUUUUCAGACAGCUUUGAUGAAUAUGAAUCAAAUAACCACACUGUCAUCGAUAAAACCUUUAAAGAAACGACCUUAAAUACAUCUGGGUCAUAUAUCAAUGUUCAACCGUCCACAGUGAGCAAUGAUUCAGCUACACUUUUCACUUCUAUUUCUGGAUAUGAUAUAAUGAGUCCAUUACGUUCAACAUCUUAUAAUACAAAUACUUCGAACAGUCAAGGAACUUCAAUAAAUGUAUCGUAUACUACAACAGCAAAAUCCUUAAUUCGAAAAGAUGGAAUUAUUUUUCCAAGCGUUAAAAAUAAGCCAUCUAUUAUUAAUAAUUCCAGCGACAUUAUAUCCCUGAAGGAUAUCAAAGGAUUUUCCUGUGCUGAUCUGCUGAGUGCUGGAAUGAAACAAUCCGGAGUAUUUUAUUUACAAAUUCGCGGAACUACAUAUUGGUUUUUAAAGGUGUAUUGUGAUCAAGAAACAACUGAUGGCGGCUGGACGGUGAUACAACGUCGAGAUGAGUUUGGUGAGCCCCGGGAGAACUUCAAUCGGGAUUGGUCAGAUUAUAAAAAUGGAUUUGGAGAACCAGGCAAAGAAUUUUGGCUUGGCAACGAAAAUAUAUAUAUGUUGACAAAUAACGAAGAAUAUACGUUACGCAUAGAACUAGAGGACUUUGAGGGCAACAAGCGGUAUGCUCAGUAUUCCCAUUUUAAAAUACAUUCAGAGGCGGAUUAUUAUAAGCUUGAAAUAGACGGAUAUGAAGGAAAUGCUGGGGAUUCCCUAAACGACCCUUGGUAUGGAUCUAAUAAUAGCCCAUUCUCGACUUAUAAUAAAGAUAACGAUCGAAGCUCGCUUAACUGUGCAAGCAUGCUAAAGGGUGGCUGGUGGUGGAAGUCCUGUGGCAGGGGAUUAAAUGGUCUUUACUUGCAUGAUCCACAAGAUCUAACAGCUCGUCAAGGGAUAGUGUGGUUUCGUUGGAGGGGUUGGGACUAUACCCUGAAAAAGUCCACUAUGAUGAUUCGUCCUAAAAUAUCCCAACUACAGUCAUUGUCUGGAAACUCAAUGUAGACAAUCGGCGAAGCUAUAAACAUUUCCUUUGUUAUAUUUGAAUAGUACAGGCACAGUAAUUAAGGAGUGUUGUGGUUGUAAGAUCAAAGUAUUCUUUACGUGUACAAUUUGAUUUAACCUAAAAAACCAUGUUCCAUGUUAGAGAACAGCCGCACGUGCUUUAAGGCUAUAAAAAUGUAUACCAGUCAAAUUAAAUCGGUCACUGAAUUGGCGAUCAGAACCUGGAAAAGCAUGAAAUAAGUUUACUUUGAUAUUUCGACCCAAACACUUUUUUGGAGUGACUUUGGUAAUUAUAGUAGCUUGUAAAAUACUUAAAUACGGUAAUACA